CGCGCGCGUGAGGGGCGGGGCCGGCCGAAGGCUGGCUGUAGGCAGGCGGCUGAGCCGGCGGCGGGUGGCCUGCCCAGCGUGUGCCGGGUGGGAGAAGGCGAGGCGGCAGCGAUGCUGUCUCUUCCGUGAGGAGCGCAGAGGAGGUCGCGGCGCCGGAGGCCCCAGAAGGCUCGAAGGCGCCGCGGGCUGGGGUCGGUGGCUUAGGGAGCCCGCCCGGCCAUGGUGGCCGCGGGUGGUGGUUGGCGCGGCUGCGCUGCGGCCCGGGGCAGUGCGGAGCCGGGACAGUCGCGGCGCUGACGCCCGCGGGCCCCAGCUGCAGAUAUGAAGCGGAGCCGCUGCCGCGACCGACUGCAGCCGCCGCCGCCCGACCGCCCGGAGGAUGGAGUUCAGCGGGCAGCGGAGCUGCCCCAGUCUUUGCCGCCGCGCCGGCGAGCGCCGCCCGGGAGGCAGUGGCUGGAGGAGCGGACGGGCCCCGCGGGGCCCGAGGGCAAGGAGCAGGAUGUAGUAACUGGAGUUAGUCCCCUGCUCUUCAGGAAACUCAGUAAUCCUGACAUAUUUUCAUCCACUGGAAAAGUUAAACUUCAGCGACAACUGAGUCAGGAUGAUUGUAAGUUAUGGAGAGGAAACCUGGCCAGCUCUCUAUCGGGUAAGCAGCUGCUCCCUUUGUCCAGCAGUGUACAUAGCAGUGUGGGACAGGUGACUUGGCAGUCGUCAGGAGAAGCAUCAAACCUGGUUCGAAUGAGAAACCAGUCCCUUGGACAGUCUGCACCUUCUCUUACUGCUGGCCUGAAGGAGUUGAGCCUUCCAAGAAGAGGCAGCUUUUGUCGGACAAGUAACCGCAAGAGCUUGAUUGUGACCUCUAGCACAUCACCUACACUACCACGGCCACACUCACCACUCCAUGGCCACACAGGUAACAGUCCUUUGGACAGCCCCCGGAAUUUCUCUCCAAAUGCACCUGCUCACUUUUCUUUUGUUCCUGCCCGUAGCCAUAGCCACAGAGCUGACAGGACUGAUGGGCGGCGCUGGUCUUUGGCCUCUUUGCCGUCUUCAGGAUAUGGAACUAACACUCCUAGCUCCACUGUCUCAUCAUCAUGCUCCUCACAGGAAAAGCUGCAUCAGUUGCCUUUCCAGCCUACAGCUGAUGAGCUGCACUUUUUGACGAAGCAUUUCAGCACAGAGAGUGUACCAGAUGAGGAAGGACGGCAGUCCCCAGCCAUGCGGCCUCGCUCCCGGAGCCUCAGUCCUGGACGAUCCCCAGUUUCCUUUGACAGUGAAAUAAUAAUGAUGAAUCAUGUGUACAAAGAAAGAUUCCCAAAGGCCACCGCACAAAUGGAAGAGCGACUAGCAGAGUUUAUUUCCUCCAACACUCCAGACAGCGUGCUGCCCUUGGCAGAUGGAGCCCUGAGCUUUAUUCAUCAUCAGGUGAUUGAGAUGGCCCGAGACUGCCUGGAUAAAUCUCGGAGUGGCCUCAUUACAUCACAGUACUUCUACGAACUUCAAGAGAAUUUGGAGAAACUUUUACAAGAUGCUCAUGAGCGCUCAGAGAGCUCAGAAGUGGCUUUUGUGAUGCAGCUGGUGAAAAAGCUGAUGAUUAUCAUUGCCCGCCCAGCACGUCUCCUGGAAUGCCUGGAGUUUGACCCUGAAGAGUUCUACCACCUUUUAGAAGCAGCUGAGGGCCACGCCAAAGAGGGACAAGGGAUUAAAUGUGACAUUCCCCGCUACAUCGUUAGCCAGCUGGGCCUCACCCGGGAUCCCCUAGAAGAAAUGGCCCAGUUGAGCAGCUGUGACAGUCCUGACACUCCAGAGACAGAUGAUUCUAUUGAGGGCCAUGGGGCAUCUCUGCCAUCUAAAAAGACACCCUCUGAAGAAGACUUCGAGACCAUUAAGCUCAUCAGCAAUGGCGCCUAUGGGGCUGUAUUUCUGGUGCGGCACAAGUCCACCCGGCAGCGCUUUGCCAUGAAGAAGAUCAACAAGCAGAACCUGAUCCUACGGAACCAGAUCCAGCAGGCCUUCGUGGAGCGUGACAUACUGACUUUCGCUGAGAACCCCUUUGUGGUCAGCAUGUUCUGCUCCUUUGAUACCAAGCGCCACUUGUGCAUGGUGAUGGAGUACGUUGAAGGGGGAGACUGUGCCACUCUGCUGAAGAAUAUUGGGGCCCUGCCUGUGGACAUGGUGCGUCUAUACUUUGCGGAAACUGUGCUGGCCCUGGAGUACUUACACAACUAUGGCAUCGUGCACCGUGACCUCAAGCCUGACAACCUCCUAAUUACAUCCAUGGGGCACAUCAAGCUCACGGACUUUGGACUGUCCAAAAUUGGCCUCAUGAGUCUGACAACGAACUUGUAUGAGGGUCAUAUUGAAAAGGAUGCCCGGGAAUUCCUGGACAAGCAGGUAUGCGGGACCCCAGAAUACAUUGCGCCUGAGGUGAUCCUGCGCCAGGGCUAUGGGAAGCCAGUGGACUGGUGGGCCAUGGGCAUUAUCCUGUAUGAGUUCCUGGUGGGCUGCGUCCCUUUUUUUGGAGAUACUCCGGAGGAGCUCUUUGGGCAGGUGAUCAGUGAUGAGAUUGUGUGGCCUGAGGGUGAUGAUGCACUGCCCCCAGACGCCCAGGACCUCACCUCCAAACUGCUCCACCAGAACCCUCUGGAGAGACUUGGCACAGGCAGUGCCUAUGAGGUGAAGCAGCACCCAUUCUUUACUGGUCUGGACUGGACAGGACUUCUCCGCCAGAAGGCUGAAUUUAUUCCUCAGUUGGAGUCAGAGGACGAUACUAGCUAUUUUGACACCCGCUCAGAGCGAUACCACCACAUGGACUCGGAGGAUGAGGAAGAAGUGAGUGAGGAUGGCUGCCUUGAGAUCCGCCAGUUCUCUUCCUGCUCUCCAAGGUUCAGCAAGGUGUACAGCAGCAUGGAGCGGCUCUCACUGCUCGAGGAGCGCCGGACACCACCCCCGACCAAGCGCAGCCUGAGUGAGGAGAAGGAGGACCGUUCAGAUGGCCUGGCAGGGCUCAAAGGCCGAGACCGGAGCUGGGUGAUUGGCUCCCCUGAGAUAUUACGGAAGCGGCUGUCGGUAUCUGAGUCGUCCCACACAGAGAGUGACUCAAGCCCUCCAAUGACAGUGCGACGCCGCUGCUCGGGCCUCCUGGAUGCGCCUCGGUUCCCGGAGGGCCCUGAGGAGGCCAGCAGCACCCUCAGGAGGCAACCACAGGAGGGUAUAUGGGUCCUGACACCCCCGUCUGGAGAGGGGGUAUCUGGGCCUGUCACUGAACACUCAGGGGAGCAGCGGCCGAAGCUGGAUGAGGAAGCUGUUGGCCGGAGCAGUGGUUCCAGUCCAGCUAUGGAGACCCGAGGCCGUGGGACCUCACAGCUGGCUGAGGGAGCCACAGCCAAGGCCAUCAGUGACCUGGCUGUGCGUAGGGCCCGCCACCGGCUGCUCUCUGGGGACUCAACAGAGAAGCGCACUGCUCGCCCUGUCAACAAAGUGAUCAAGUCCGCCUCAGCCACAGCCCUCUCACUCCUCAUUCCUUCAGAACACCACACCUGCUCCCCGUUGGCCAGCCCCAUGUCCCCACAUUCUCAGUCGUCCAACCCAUCAUCCCGGGACUCUUCUCCAAGCAGGGACUUCUUGCCAGCCCUUGGUAGCAUGAGGCCUCCCAUCAUCAUCCACCGAGCUGGCAAGAAGUAUGGCUUCACCCUGCGGGCCAUUCGCGUCUACAUGGGUGACUCCGAUGUCUACACCGUGCACCAUAUGGUGUGGCACGUGGAGGAUGGAGGUCCGGCCAGCGAGGCAGGGCUUCGUCAAGGUGACCUCAUCACCCAUGUCAAUGGGGAACCUGUGCAUGGCCUGGUGCACACGGAGGUGGUGGAGCUGAUCCUGAAGAGUGGAAACAAGGUGGCCAUUUCAACAACUCCCCUGGAGAACACAUCCAUUAAAGUGGGGCCAGCUCGGAAGGGCAGCUACAAGGCCAAGAUGGCCCGAAGGAGCAAGAGGAGCCGCGGCAAGGAUGGGCAAGAAAGCAGAAAAAGGAGCUCCCUGUUCCGCAAGAUCACCAAGCAAGCAUCCCUGCUCCACACCAGCCGCAGCCUUUCUUCCCUUAACCGCUCCUUGUCAUCAGGGGAGAGUGGGCCAGGCUCUCCCACACACAGCCACAGCCUUUCCCCCCGAUCUCCCACUCAAGGCUACCGGGUGACACCCGAUGCUGUGCAUUCAGUGGGAGGGAAUUCAUCACAGAGCAGCUCCCCCAGCUCCAGCGUGCCCAGUUCCCCAGCCGGCUCUGGGCACACACGGCCCAGCUCCCUCCACGGUCUGGCACCCAAGCUCCAACGCCAGUACCGCUCUCCACGGCGCAAGUCAGCAGGCAGCAUCCCACUGUCACCACUGGCCCACACCCCUUCUCCCCCACCCCCAACAGCUUCACCUCAGCGGUCCCCAUCGCCCCUGUCUGGCCAUGUAGCCCAGGCCUUUCCCACAAAGCUUCACUUGUCACCUCCCCUGGGCAGGCAACUCUCACGGCCCAAGAGUGCGGAGCCACCCCGUUCACCACUACUCAAGAGGGUGCAGUCGGCUGAGAAACUGGCAGCAGCACUUGCCGCUUCCGAGAAGAAGCUAGCCACUUCUCGCAAGCACAGCCUUGACCUGCCCCACUCUGAACUAAAGAAGGAACUGCCGCCCAGGGAAGUGAGCCCUCUGGAGGUAGUUGGAGCCAGGGGUGUGCUGUCUGGCAAGGGGGCCCUGCCAGGGAAGGGGAUGCUGCAGCCUGCUCCCUCACGGGCCCUAGGCACCCUCCGGCAGGACCGAGCCGAACGACGGGAGUCGCUGCAGAAGCAAGAAGCCAUUCGUGAGGUGGACUCCUCAGAGGACGACACCGAGGAAGGGCCUGAGAACAGCCAGGGUGCACAGGAGCUGAGCUUGGCACCUCACCCAGAAGUGAGCCAGAGUGUGGCCCCCAAAGGAGCAGGAGAUAGUGGGGAAGAGGAUCCUUUCCCGUCCAGAGACCCUGGGAGCCCGGGCCCAAUGGUCCCAAGCCUAUUGACAGGGAUCACACUGGGGCCUCCCAGAAUGGAAAGUCCUAGUGGUCUCCACAGGAGGCUCGGGAGCCCACAAGCCAUUGAGGAGGCUGCCAGCUCCUCCUCAGCAGGCCCCAACCUAGGUCAGUCUGGAGCCACAGACCCCAUCCCUCCUGAAGGUUGCUGGAAGGCCCAGCACCUCCACACCCAGGCACUAACAGCACUUUCUCCCAGCACUUCGGGACUCACCCCCACCAGCAGUUGCUCUCCUCCCAGCUCCACCUCUGGGAAGCUGGGCAUGUGGUCCUGGAAAUCCCUUAUUGAGGGCCCAGACAGGGCAUCCCCAAGCAGAAAGGCAACCAUGGCAGGUGGGCUAGCCAACCUCCAGGAUUUGGAAAACACAACUCCAGCCCACCCUAAGAACCUGUCUCCCAGGGAGCAGGGGAAGACACAGCCACCUAGUGCCCCCAGACUGGCCCACCCAUCUUAUGAGGAUCCCAGCCAGGGCUGGCUAUGGGAGUCUGAGUGUGCACAAGCAGUGAAAGAGGAUCCAGCCCUGAGCAUCACCCAAGUGCCUGAUGCCUCAGGUGACAGAAGGCAGGACGUUCCAUGCCGAGGCUGCCCCCUCACCCAGAAGUCUGAGCCCAGCCUCAGGAGGGGCCAAGAACCAGGGGGCCAUCAAAAGCAUCGGGAUUUGGCAUUGGUUCCAGAUGAGCUUUUAAAGCAAACAUAGCAGUUGUUUGCCAUUUCUUGCACUCAGACCUGUGUAAUAUAUGCUCCUGGAAACCA